CGGAGAAAUGGCCCAUAGCAACAAACCUCAGAACAUUCAGUUCUUAGCAGCAGCAGUCACUUGGCGAUCUGCUGGACCUACAGUCUCUGUACAGUGAGAUUACGUCUCCCAUGUGAAGCGUUUUGUUUUGGUUUUGUUUUAUUUUAACCUACGGGGGAAAUAAUCUCGCGUUUUUAUUCGUAUUUUUCGGAUGAUUUUUGGUAGCAAAGGAGGUUCCUGAAGAGGUUCCUGAGAAGGUUCCUGGUUAGUACUUUAGCACCUUAGCACCUCAUUUUGUGUUAGCUGCGUUUUAACACGAAAAUGGGAUCAACGAAACCAGCUGGGGUGAUAGCGUACAUCUGCUCUUCCGGCUCUGCCUCCAGCCCCAAAUCCUGCUUGAGUGACAGCUCCAAUGUCCACACACAGUCCACAUCCCCUCCCUCUUCAACAGCACAGGGCCUGAAGAUGGAAAUGCCGAGCGUCAGGCCAUUUAGCAUCCCUAAACCCACCAACUCUCGCAUGCCUGGAUUGGAAAAGAACGCAGCCAAGAGCAGCAUCACAAAGCUGAACGGCAUGGUGAUGCUGUGUAAAGUGUGCGGCGACGUGGCUUCGGGAUUUCAUUACGGCGUCCACGCUUGUGAAGGUUGCAAGGGCUUUUUCCGGAGAAGCAUUCAGCAGAAUAUCCAGUAUAAAAAGUGCAUGAAGUCAGAGAACUGCACAAUCAUGCGCAUAAACCGAAACCGCUGCCAGCAGUGCCGAUUCAAGAAGUGCCUAGCAGUGGGGAUGUCACGGGACGCCGUGCGGUUCGGACGUAUCCCGAAGCGGGAGAAGCAGCGCAUGCUCCUGGAAAUGCAGAACGCCAUGAACAGCGUGAUGACCGGCGCCCAGCUGCAUCAAGUGCUCAGAGACUCCAGCUCCUGCUCUCCGUCGUCAUCCUCUUCCUCUCCCUCUCCUCCGUCCUCACCACAGUGCUCUCAGGACUCGGAGUCAUUAGUGCCAAUGGACACCAUGAGCUUGGCCUCUUCCUGUUCCUCAGACAGCGGGGAGGAGGAUUUGGUGCCUCGGGCUGAUGGAUUUCAUCUCGCACAAUCAGGGUGCGCUCUUUCACUGGGCCUUUCAGAACGACUGAGCAACAGCAACAUGACAAACAUCCACAGCUCUCCCUGUGAAAGCCGGCAGCAAAUCACCAUCAGGUACCACAGCAGCGUGAACCCCGAUAAUGCCUCAUAUUGCCACUAUAGCAGACCCAAUCUGAACGAGCUCACUGGAGUAUCAGCCAACCGAAGUCACCUGGUGUGUCCCAUGAACACUUCACCCAUAGUGGACCCGUCCAAGUCUAGCCAUGAGAUAUGGGAGGAGUUCUCCAUGAGCUUCACGCCUGCCGUGCGAGAGGUGGUGGAGUUUGCCAGGCAGAUUCCCGGCUUCCGUGAGCUCUCGCAGCACGACCAGGUCAGCCUGCUCAAGGCUGGAACAUUCGAGGUGCUGAUGGUGCGCUUCUCCUCCCUGUUCGAUGUGAAGCAGCGUACCGUGAGCUUCCUGAGUGGGCGGAGCUACAGCGUGGAGGCUCUGCGCUCCAUGGGAGCUGGAGAACUUCUCUCAUCCAUGUUUGACUUCAGUGAGAAGCUCAUGGCGCUGCAGCUAAGCCCAGAGGAGAUAAGCCUCUUCACCGCACUCGUGCUCGUCUCUGCCGACCGUACCGGAAUCGAGGACGUGAGCUCGGUGGAGGCUCUUCAGGAGAACCUGAUCAGAGCUUUGAGGAACCUGAUCAUGAAGAAUCACUCGAACGAGGCGGCCGUCUUCACCAAGCUGCUGCUGAAGCUACCGGAGCUGCGUUCCCUCAAUAACAUGCACUCGGAGGAACUGCUUUCCUUCAAGGUCCACCCUUAAAACGGACCUGCUCUUCUCUCUCGGACCAAACCGGGCUGUACAUUUCCCUCUUGAAUGUAUUUAAUGCAGAAGAUUUAUUAUUACUAUUAUUAUUAUUAUUAUGAUUAAUAUUAUUACUACAACGUCAAAAGGGUUUGGGUGAGGAAGUCCAGGAAAGUGGUGAAUUUAUUUAUUUUUUUUCUUCUGUCUUAUUAGUUUGAGAUCACACACAAUCUAAGUGUAAGAAAAAUGGGUUGCCAGAUUGGGGUUUCACUUUAAUUCAAUCACAGCUGAAACCCUUUACAAAGUCACACUUCUUGCUUCAUGCCUCACAUCAUGUUAGCUUGGAUCAAUUCUUGAUUAUUUAACAGCUCAGAUAAAAUUAGAUAUAAAAUAUAUAACAGCUAUUAUCUCAGAGAAAUCAGUUAUUAAGUCUCUAGACAUUUGCUAAAGCUGCAUUUUACCACCUUCAGCAACCACCAGAGUUGAGUUUGUUGUCUCGUUAUAAAUCCGUACUCUGAUUGGUCGGAAGGUGCUGAUUAAUUUUUGAUAGAGAGCUUCACGGACAUACCGCAGCUUUAACUGUAAAAGAGUGUUUUAUCUCUUACAGCAAGGACAGGAAAAAAAAAACCCAAUACUGCACCUCAGCUCUGGACUUCUCUAAGGAACAGAAUGCUGUAUUUUUGUCUACGUAUAUAUUAUAUAUACAGUAUAUAACAUGUUUGAAUUUGAAUUGCACACGUUGUGGUAUUAUCGGUGAUUCGGACAGCACAGCUGAGACUGAGACAGAGAUGACUGCUGUAAACUUCCCGAGCGUGUUGAGUGGUGACCGUUCCAGGUCCCGCUCUUGCUUUCUCUGCACUAUUCUUUGCACACUUGACAAAAAGGACGGAUUCAUAUCCAAGUUUCUGAAGCGUGCAAUAGGUGCUAAUGCAUGAUUAUGUGUAGUUGAAUAGUUGAAUGUGGUGUCUGGAAUGUUCUGUUUUAACGAAAUGUCCUUUUUUUUUUUUGUUUGUUUGUUUUUUUUCGGCUCCUCCAUCGUCAUCAUCUUCAUUGUUUGGGUGUCUUUUGUAUUUUAUUCAUGAAUGUAGGCUGCACAUUUAAAAAGCAGCGCUUAUAAAAACGUCAACACGCUGCUUUCGCACGCGGCGGUGUGGAACGCGACGGAAACACGUGUAAACGCUCUGUAUUUACGUCUAUGCAUAUCUCUGACACCACAUGACGCAUUGGACUCCAUCUUCCAUCACGGAAAACAUCACUGGAGAUCUUUUUAUCUACCAGCAUGAAUGUGUAUCAGAACGCACACACCUACAGACUCUAUAAGCAGCGUAUACAGGUGGCUGCUCCGUAGCGCGUGUUCUUUACAGACAACUCCGAAGCAGGAUUUAAGAGAUUAAACCGAAAUGGGAUUUUUUCCAGGGGUUCGCCCCGCACCUCCUCUUUUCAUCACUAUGCAGCUCGACAGUACAGACUUUUCAUACUUCAACCGUGAUAAAGAAGCUUGAUAUCUGUAACGUAGCGUAAUGUUAUAUUCUUUAUGUCCAUAUUGUGCUCUGUUGUGUAAGAUAUACAGUAUAUCUAUAUAUAGUAUAUAAAUAAAUAUCUAUUAGUCAACUAUAUAAAA